UUUAAAUGUUACAGUACUUUUGCACCUACCUACUUUAGUAGUUAGAAAUCUAAAGUCACAAUUUCCAGGAAGUUUAUGGGUGUGAUAUGUUAGAUUUAUGUAAUUUUUUAUACUUCAGUAUGUUCAAGGUCUUUCUCGGAAGUAAUCGGAAGUAGUAAUUCAUGUCAGCUGCACGGUGGACUGCUUAAUGAAGAUCAAGUACUAUAACCACUGAACGGCAAAUGUGGAAAUCGGCAAUUGCUAACUUGAUCUUGGCUUUGUCAUCAGUUAUAGCGUUAACAUUUGGAAAUCGUUAUAGAAAAGCAAAAGUGAAAAACGUCGAUAUCGAAAUUGACAUCUAUUGCCCACCAGCGGGAAAUUUAGACUGCUACUGGAAAAAGAGGACUUAUCAAUAAAGAAAUUGUACACAGAACCCUUGUCUGGUCCUCAAAUACAGUAUUAUCUAUAUCACUGGAAAAUUACAUGUACCAGCAAUAACGAGUGUAAUGUUCAAUAUAUGGCCGAGCACAAUUUAUCAACCUCCACAACUGUCCUGCAACACACAACAAACUGUUCUCCCAGCAAGUCUUGCCAAACAUCCCCAGCAAUGGACAAAACAUGAAGUAGGUGUAUGGCUCAAAUGGUGUUCCGACGAAUUUUGCAUAGAGCCAAUACCACCAGACAGAAUAGACAUGAAUGGUAAAGCAUUAUGUUUGUUAAAGCGAAGUGACUUUAUGGAACGAAUACCAAAGAAUGGAGAUCUCUUAUUCAAUGCUUUACAAAAACUCAUUCAGAAUAAAGUUAGUUUAAACAGUCCGAUGUCUUCAAUGUGCAGUGGUGGAGCUACUGUUCCUAUGAGUCCGUUUCAUAUCAAAACUGAACCCAUAUCCCCGUUGUUGCAUCCUUUAGUUUUUACGUCAGCUAAUACUCAAACGACAUCUAUGCACGCCCCAAGCAUACCACGUCCAUGUGUUCCAAUAUUACCUCGUACACAGUCAACGAUUCUCCCGCCAACCUGUAGUAAUCCUGUGAAUUCAAACAAGUCGUUCAGCAAUACAGUGUCAACAGUACCAGGAAUAUUGAGUCCAGCUUCAAGUAAUGUUGAUACUGAGAGUGCUUCAAGUGAUGGUGGAUCUGUUUCAGAUCCAGAAGCACAAGAAAACGACAGUCGUCCAACAGAGCCGACUAAUGAACGGUUUCUACCUACCACCAUUAAAACUGAAAUACAACAUUCCAUACAGUCAGCAUUCCAAGCUGUUAAUAAUAGCACAAGACCAGAAUCGGGCACUGAGUGUCGCUUACUGUGGGAGUUCAUUCAUCAGUUACUGCAAAAUCCCAUGUUCAGUCAGUUAGUUUGUUGGGAAAGUGAAAAGGAACUGAUAUUUAGAAUCAACAACCCUACAGGACUAGCUCAUAUGUGGGGGAAACAAAAAAAUAGGACAAAUAUGACGUACGAGAAAUUAUCAAGGGCUCUGAGAUAUUAUUACAGGAUGAAUAUUAUCAAGAAAGUAUCUGGGAAACGCCUUACUUAUAAAUUUAUGCAACAACCAUCAACGAUACAAAAAGGUCAACGAGGUGCUAAACCACAUAACAAGUGUGAUAUUCCUUUAUUUCCGUCAUCAAAUAGAUUCCAGUAUUCGGGUCUAAAAGAUGAGCCGUCAGAAGAUAAAAUACAACAAAAACCGCCUCCCCUUAGUCCUGCGCUAAAUGAGGGUCAUCAUGAAUUGGAAAAUCACAGACAUCUAAAGAGACAUAGUCCAACAGAAAAUUCAAAGCCUUCUGGUAGAAAUUCUACCAAAUAUUUGCAAUCAAAAACUCUUGAUAUUGAAAACUAUGAACAUACUGCUUAUCAGUUAGGAAAUGGAGACAUGUCAAAUUCAAAUUUUAAACAAUUAUCACCAAACUUUCAUAUUCCAUCCACCUCAUAUGAGAAAAGUAAGGCAUCGAAACUACCACCGCUUAUGGUCAGGGCAAAUGUGACUAACGAUGUUAAAUAUUCUCCUGAUGUAAAACUCAAUUUGGGUGUAUAUGGAAUGCACAGUCCUUUAAGCUUUCAUCAAAACAAUAAACAUCACGUAAUUAAUGAUUCUUUAAAGCAACAAUACUAUGAGGGAAUGGCUUCCCCAAAUUUUUCGAUAAGUCAAUUUAACGAUGACCCCCAGGACGAACCAGAAGACCUGUCCUUUGCACCAAAGAAACAACGACUCAACUCGGAAUCAAAUUCCGGCAAAAUGUCUCCUUCAGAUGAAGAAAAACAACAAGUUUCUAAAGACGAAGAGAACAAUAUAUUACCAUUGUUGAUUAAUUAUAAAAAGACUGCUAUCAGCACGAACAGCUGACCCUAUAAUUAGUUGGGGGUUUUCGUACUUUUUUAAAUACUUUUUGUAAAAUCAUUGUUUUAUAUAUUAUUCUAGCUGUGAUAAACACGAGAAAUAUUUGGUGCAGUACAAUAUACUAUAUGAAAUGCAUUGAACAUAAGUGAUCUUGUAAUACUGAAAUAUUUAAACAUCAGAACAUUUUAUACAAAUGUACCUUAUUCCACUCCAUUUAACUUGUCUUGUAUAUGCAUGAAAUAUUAACCACUGAGAUGGAUGGACGGAUGGAUGAAUGGUUAACGUCCAGUGGCAAAUUAAAUGUAUAUUCAGGACGAGAAUAGGUUAAUGCCAUAUGCAUAUGAACUCUGAUUUGUACCACUGGGCGGUUAUCCGACAACAACCAACCGUCCACCAUUUAGUAAUGUUCAAUAAGUAAGCUCAGAGGCGGAUUUAGGGGGUGGGGCAUAUGCUUGGAGCUACAUAUAUGGUUACUGCAGAGACUUUCCACAUGUCCAACUCCAAACGUUGCCUAGUUUGGGGACCCCGGGCACCCCCUUUUUCAAAAUCUUAGAUCCGCAUCUGCAGUCUUAUUGACUAUAAAUUUAUAUUAAAUCAAAGAAAAUUUGCAAAGCGGUUAAAAUUCUUUACUCUUUCGGGAUUAUGAAAAUCUUAUAUUUUAACAUUAUACAGAAUCUUUAGUAAUUAAUUUCAAAAACCAAUAUUUCUCGUGUUGCUUUAGUUAAUGCAAUCUUAUAAUGGUCGUAGUUUUGUACCUUUUUUAUAUCUAUAAAGGUAUGAGCUAGAUGUUCUAAACGCUUACGCCUUAUUGUGGUUGUGCUAGUUAUCAAAUUCCAUGCAAUGCAGAUAUUCGGUAUUUAUGUAUGCUUUCACUUCUAUAACAAACCUUUCAUUAUACACCCAAAUAAGCAUUUUUAUGAUGUAGAUAUAUAUAUUUAUUUGUCAAUACAUUAUAAAGAAUUCAAUAUACCACUUAUGUCGGUAAACGAUAGAAUCUGAAAAUGAAGAGGUUGCAAAAAUAUGUAAAACAGUAUUACAUAAAUAUUAGCAUUUUCCUAAUAUUUAUUUUGAUAUGAUAUAUACUAAAUAUAAUAAGUAAACCAGAUUACCAAGUACUGAUGAAUAUCUACAUAGUAUGGGAUGUUGUGACUUGAAAUGUCUUUCAUUAUAACCGUUAUGAGCUUUAUCAAAUAUACAUAUAGUGCUUUAUCAAUACUAUAUUUUGUUAUUGUGACAUGUAUAUUGUUAAUAAAAUGUCAAAGACGUAAA